GCGUCAGUUGAGCGCGAGAUUCGAAGCACGGGCGCGGCGGUUACCGCGGGCCGUGCUCACAGACCGGUCGCUGCCAUUGUCCUGCCGCCAUGGAUCUGCACUCGCUGCCGCAGCUGGAGUCGCUCAAAUACAACGAGUUACAGCAGGUGGCCAAGGCUGCCGGCCUCCGGGCCAACCUGAAGGCAGACAAAUUGCUGAAAACUCUGAAGCAGCACUUUCAUGAGCCAAAACAAGAAAAUGGAAGUAAGGACUUUGGAAGGAGCGCGUCCUCCUCCACAGACACAGGGCAGCUCAGCAGUCCAGAGCAGGUCACAGCUAUUCCCGUGUCCUUUGUCACAAAAAGGCGUGGGAAAGGGAAGAAGGUAGCAACUGCAAAGAUGGCCUCCAAGGAGGAAAUAAAUACUAAUGAAGAAGACAUGGCGCUUCCUGUUGAGAAAGAGAAUUAUUCAGAUAUGACAGAAAAAGUACCCCAGGAUGGACACAGCAAGAGACUGAAAAGACGCCAAAAUGAAGAACCUGUAGCUAAGAACAAAGCUCCUGUGAACCCAGCGAUGCAUCCCAUGCAGAGCCAGCAAAGGGAGAAGAUGGUUUCUGCUAAACGAAAUGGAGCUGAAAUACCAGAUGACACUCUCCCAGCCCUUCCUCCUGCUGGGAAGAUCCCUCGAUAUGUAAACCGCCUGUCUAAAACCGGAAGAACAGGAGUGAAACCCAUUACGCCAAAUUUCAAGAAGCUGCAUGAGGCUCACUUCGAGAAAAUGGAAUCUAUUGAUGCCUACAUUGAGAGAAAAAAUAAACUGAUUGAAAACUUCAGCAAUUCUAUCAAUGAGGUCAAGAUGUUGGCUAAAAAAAAUAACCACCCAAAAGCAUGUGAGAAAGGAACUCCGCACAGCAAUUCUAAGAAACGCUCCGGUGGCAAAGUGUUUUUAUUCAGCCCACAUCCCCAAAGAGGAAGGUUCUCUGCCAGCUGUACUCCAGGCAACUUGCGGCGCUCCCCACGCAUCUCUGUAGGCACCGCAAAUCAGAGUAUUUUAUCUCAGAAAUCUUCAUUCAAUCUCUCCAUUCUCUCAACAACCAAAAUGAAUGUCAGAUUCUCAGAAGCUACAAAAGAUAAUGAACACAAGCGCUCCCUUACCAAGACUCCAUCUAGAAAGUCACCAUUCUUGGUGAUUUGCACACCUGAUAGCCAGAAAAGUGGCAAACCCACAAUUAGAAAGAGCACUAAUGGAAAUGGAACAAACCAUGAGCUGACUGCAUCGAAGACCAACCCUAAUGCUAUUACACCAUUCAAGUUUGCAGCUCAGACUGCAGAACCCACAAGUACCAAGAAGCCAACAUUUGAUCUGAAAGCAAGUCUGUCAAGGCCACUUGGAUAUCAGCCACACAAAGGAAGACUGAAACCUUGGGGUGACUCAAAAGAAAACACUGUCCUGAAUAAAUCUAUGAAUAGCAGUGUCUCUUCACACACAAAAGAUUACAAACAGCCACGUCUCCAGACCAGAGAAGGGAGGCGUGAGAAGCAUUUGCUGGAGAGAAAGCAGAAAAAGGCUCAGCUGCUUGGAACCCGCAGAGGACUAUCCAUGGCUUAAGAGGAAUUUAGUAACUUCUGAAGGACUCACUGUAAAUACUGUUCUCAGGAAAAAUCUUUCCUACCUUUAUAAAUAUUUCUGUUUUUAUGUGUGCAUUAAAGGAUGAGUCAGGUCACCUGAGUUGACUGGAUGUUACUAGCCAUGUAGGGCAGGCUUUCUUAGUGCUGUUGAGCUUAACAUUGUUAGUGAUUUUACAAGUUAGAUAAAAUAUCAAAACUUUCAAUCUUCUGAUAUGUUUUAAGUAGAGCCCAGAGUAUCUCAAAUUACUUGGAGCAAUUCAUCCAGUUAGAUUUUAGAUUGGCUGGACUUUCUUAGUUGUAAAUUUUGAACAAAAGCUUCCUCCUAAGUCAGCAAAUUCCAUAAAACUAUUAGACUGAAGAGAUACUAAGGGAGGGAGGAAAAGGAGGAAAUGUUAAAGGGAUAAUCAUGAAGCUUAUUCACACUGAGUCACUUAUCAGUUGGGCAUAUUUCUCUAGAUGGAAAUAACUUCAAAAUAUGUUCCAUUAUCAAGAAAUUUAAGACACUGAGAGACUUUGCUGACAAGUAGGGUAUGUGUAGCAGCAAUUAGAGCGGUUUCCUAUAUUUAAGUCCUUUGUGAAGUAAACAGCAAUCUCUAGGAGAGGGAAAACCAUAUUAUAAGGGCUUUCUGGAGAACUAAAAGCCCUAAAUAAUGGUACCCUUUUAGAAUGAGAUAGGAAAAAAAUAAGAAGUUAACACACACCUUGGUAGGUUGCUAAUUGGAUAUGUGAAGAGCAAUUCAUUAGUUUUUUGUCCCUCUCCACAUUACAGGAUAAAAUUUGGCAUAAUAGAACAGUUGUCUAGCCUGAAGCAUUUACAAGGUAAUCUAUUAGUAAACCAAGUUCUUUCGAGGUAUGAUAUACUUAGAGUAGAUUUAGAAAGCCUAUAUCAGCAAUUUCCCAAAGGUAAUCUGUAAAGAAAAUUACCUUGAUUUUUAUCAUUAAGCAUCAUGGAAUAGACUGGAAGCGCAGGGAAAGGUGGGGAGGAGGCACUGCAGUUGUUAUUUCAUUACAGCUCUUUGGACUUCUGAGCAAAUAUUUACAAAGUAAUAGGUUCACUUUUGUGUUUAGGCUUAACCUUUCCUGUGAUAUUUGCUGAAACAUUAGAUUCAGAAAUAGAAAAGCUUUUUAUAUAUAAUUUUAUACUGUUUAAUUGGGGAAAAUAAAUUUUUUUUUUUGUAUUUAAUGCUGUUGAUGACUUAAGUGUGGGUGUAAGACACGCAGACACUCAAAGUUUAACUAUAUGCAAUUGCCAGAUGUGCUCAUACAUACAGGUCAUAUCCUCUCUUCCACUAAAGAAAAGGAACGUAUUACCAUUUGCCAGGCUUCAUGGUCCACCUAAUCACUUUUACUGACGCAGUCCACUUGUUGAGAUAUCCUAAAUUAGAAUUUUGAAACACUUACUGAUAGUGUUUAGCAGGGACAGAGGGAUACUGUUACAGAAUAUCUGUUACUUUGUUUUUGACAAUAUUGUGUAUGGUUCUAUCAGUUUACUGUCUGAGUCUGACACAAAUGGGAGAAAGACACUUAAAUAGGAAAAUGUCUCAACAACUGGCAGGGACUAUAAGCAGGUACACCUUCUGAAGUGUUUUAACUCUCUAGACUAAGUUGAGCACUUUCUGAACACUGUUUUGAUUGAAAUCCUUUAUUAAAUAUAAACCUUUCCUCAGGAUUACAGAAGAACUGAAACCCAGCAUUCCUUGUCCUAAAACAAAUCUAUACAUUUUGAAAACCAAACCUGCUUCAGGAAAAUCUCAUCACCUCUGCACUCUGCUAUAUAUUGUAUAAAUUAACACAUGUAGGCCUUUCCCAGCUUUUGAAUCCCCACUUUGGAGAAUCCUAGAGAAUCUUCAUAUACUUCUCCUUUCUUAAAGGCGUGGAGUAAUGAAAUAUUUUGUGUCAAUAUCAUCAUCACAGACAUCUACACCCAUUGAAACAUGGCAGCUGACACUCAAAGUUGUGUUUUUUUCCAGGUUCUCUCCAUUCAUUACACAGCUCAUGUUUUGAAGAUUUGCUUUGUAACCAUGACAGUUAGGUUUCCAUUUAAAAAAAUCAAAAUCUGAGAUUGGAUUCCUGUCCACUCCCAUGUCUACUCCUCUGUGGGCCCUGGGGAAGUUGGUCCACAAUUUAUGGAACAGUCCUAACAUCUGUUAGUCCCCUAGCUGUGAAAAGGACUAUGGUUUUCUCUGUGCAAUAGUAUUAAACAGGGAAGGUUACUCUAAUUCUAAAGGUGAGAUAAAAUACCAACCAGGAAAUCUUACAGCAUUACAAGCUCCUAUUAUCUUAUGAAUUGCGCCUUGUCAGUUUUGGGAUACAAACUGCCUCUAACAAAUAGGCAUGUGCCUGAACAAUAGAUCCAGACAGCAGUUUCUAACGUAACUUUGCACUACUGGACCCUGAUUCUCUUUGAAACUAUCUCCCCAACAACAGAGCAAUAAUCUCACAUGGUCUGUUUUCACAAUGGAUUUCUGCAACAGGCUGGUGGAAGCUACAAGAAACCUUUAAUACUAUAUGUUCUUAAGCUGCAAGUCUGCUCA